AGGUACACUAUCAUGUUAAUCAAUAUACUCAGUAAUUACUCAUUAAUUCAUUUUGAGGUUCCUACUUCCUGUUUAAAGUCGUUGCCGUAAUUAAUAAUAAAAAUAUUGAUAAACCUAAUAUUUGUACAUAAUUUAUUUGAUUAUGCUUUAUUAUUAUUUAAUAAUACCUAGUAUUUAAAUGUUGUUAAUAGUAGAAAGUAUAGGUAGUACUUCUACCUAUAUUUGAAUUACUUGAUAGGUAAUUAAUAUUUUAAUAUAAUAUUAUACAAUCUCUUAUAUCAUUACUUAUAGAAACCUAUAGACAUAUUAACAUAUUAUUGAAGAGUAAUUAUAUUUACCCCUAAAUCUUAAUUUAUAUAUGUUUACCUUUAUAUGUUUCUACAUUUCAUAAAAAUGCAUGGGUAAUAGGCAUAGCAACUUUAAUUUGUUGAUUUACAUAAUAUAUCAUUAACAGUUAACACAAACGUUAUUAAUAAUAAUUAAAAAUUUUAACACAAUGACCGAAUCAAACACAGAACACAUAGAUGGAAAUACUGAAGAUAAAUCAAAAAAUCUAAAACCAACUAUACAAUACACAAUAUUUUCUGAUUAUCAAAACGAAGAGUUACUAUACCCAGAUGAAAAGUUAGGAUUAUUGAAGAAAAGAUUAGAAAUCGUGAGAUCAAGGGUGGAUGAUGAUAACUUUAAAAUAAACCUUUCCCCUUUAAGGCGACCUGUGGACAAUUCACCUUUACACGAAGUGUACAAAAAUGUUAUUAAUAAAGACUCUUUUUCCAUGUUAGCCUCGAUUUUAGAUAAAGAAAACAACGUUAAUAGUAUAACAUCAACCGAAAAUCAAAUAAUCAAGUCUACGGAAAACGAUGUAAAAUCUGUUUUUGAUGAGAACGCAAAUAUUCAAAAUUCCAAAAUACCGUUAAAUAUUGAGAAAACUAAUCAAAUAAAAUCCCAAGAUAUUGAUAAAAAUGCCAUGUCUUUGAAUGUUACACAAGAUGGAAAAAAGAAAAAAAUUGCUUCAACUAAAAAUACACGAUCAUUAAAGAAGAAAACUAAUCAACGUAAUAAAAUUGUGUCUGUAGAUAAAACCAAAAAAUAAAAAUACACGAGUAAUUUUAACCAACAAA